CCCCGCGUCGAGGCCGAUUCCUCGAGAAAGCUGGACAAGAUUGGACAAGGAACUUAUAGCAACGUCUACAAAGCGAGGGACUCAUUAACAGGAAAAAUUGUGGCACUGAAGAAGGUCCGGUUUGAUAACUUGGAACCUGAAAGUGUGAAAUUCAUGGCACGAGAAAUCCUCAUAUUGAGACGGUUAGAUCAUCCCAAUGUGAUAAAAUUAGAGGGGUUAGUCACAUCAAGAAUGUCUUGUAGCUUGUACUUGGUGUUUGAGUACAUGGAACAUGAUCUUGCUGGUCUUGCAGCCAGCCCAGCAAUCAAGUUCACUGAGCCUCAGGUCAAAUGCUAUAUGAACCAGUUGUUAUCGGGCCUUGAGCACUGUCAUAAUAGAGGGGUGCUGCACCGUGACAUCAAGGGAUCAAAUCUUUUAAUCGACAAUAGUGGAAUGCUUAAGAUUGGAGAUUUUGGGUUGGCUUCGUUCUUUGAUCCGAACCACAAGCAUCCAAUGACUAGUCGGGUAGUCACACUUUGGUACCGACCCCCUGAACUUUUGUUGGGGGCCACUGAUUAUGGUGUUGGCGUGGAUCUUUGGAGUGCAGGGUGUAUUCUGGCAGAACUUUUGGCUGGAAAACCUAUCAUGCCUGGCCGGACUGAGGUUGAACAGCUGCAUAAGAUCUUUAAGCUAUGUGGUUCUCCUUCAGAGGAGUAUUGGAAGAAAUCGAAGUUGCCACAUGCAACAAUAUUUAAGCCUCAGCAGCCCUACAAGCGUUGCAUAGUGGAGACAUUCAAAGAUUUUCCACCGUCAUCAUUGCCAUUGAUUGAAGGAGUGAAGUUUCCCUUAAAUUCAUGUCGGAGUUUCCGAGGGAAUGUUGCUGAGCUUGGACUUUUGCGUCUCAUAAAUGCUCUUAUCACCAAUUUUGGGAUAUUUCUGGAAAGAAAAACAAGUGUCCUACGUUGGGUUGCAAAUAAUUUUUUUACCACUCCACCUUAUGCAUGUGAGCCCUCAAGUCUUCCGCAAUAUCCACCAAGCAAGGAGAUGGAUGCUAAAUUGAGGGAUGAAGAGGCUAGAAGGUUGAGAACUGCGGGCAGAGCCCAUGGUGAUGGAACAAAGAAGACACGCACACGUGAUCGAGCUCCUAGGGCAGUUCCUGCUCCUGUAGCUAAUGCAGAACUCCAAGCAAACCUUGAUCGUAGGCGCCUCAUUACACAUGCUAAUGCCAAAAGCAAGAGCGAAAAAUUCCCUCCCCCUCACCAAGAUGGAGCUCUUGGUUACCCAUUAGGUUCAUCACAUCACAUGGACCCGGCAUUUGAUCCUCCUGAUCCUUCCUCAUUCUCCACGGUGUUCCCCUACCAAAAAGGACAGAGUGUAGCUACUUGGUCCGGUCCAUUGAUAGAUCCCUUAGCUGUUGGCAAUCCAAAGCGAAAAAAGCAACAAAAUUCAGGGUUUAUUCGCACAAAAGAUAAGAGCAGUUCCCGUGUCAGAUAGAAGGAAAUUACGCAAGCUAUUUCGGUUUGAACGUAACCAGAUUCAUAUUCUGAGGCAAAACUCGUUUAUUGGAUGGAGAGAUGGAAGAUAGAAUUGUCGGUUUUAUUUUACGUUGUAAUUUCCUUUCCUUCUCUAUUCUAUUUUUUUUGUAUGAUUGGCUCUUAUAAAGUCGUAGGCUAUAGAGGGUACUUUGUCACUGUGUAUAUUAAAUUCCCCCCCCCGUCCAUUUCUUCUUUUGUCGAGAUACUGAAUGCUGUUUAGGGUAGCAAUAGGUAAUAACAAAGUGUACUGAAGUCUUGUAGCCAAUUUAUAAGUUCUUUUGUAAACAUUACCGAGACAACUUCGGCUCUUGUAUGGGACUCAUGCCUUGAAAA